UCCUCUGGCUACCAUAGAGACGCACCAAGGCAACCCAGAGUUACUCGGACGACUGUAGCCACGGGAGACCGGUAAACUCAGGUACGCCAAAAAGAUGGCAGACAUCUUGCCACGGGGCACGUUUGUAUUUGGCAAUCCAAAGAGCGCCAUGGGGCAGUGGUUGCUAUGGGGCAGCUAUGGCCUCAGGAAUGCAGAAUAAAAUGUGACAACAAACAAACGGUCCUUCAUAGUUACUCCCAGUUCCAGCGUGUGACUCCCCUGCAUAUUUUUGGGCCACUUGCAAGACAACACUGCAGGGAGCCAGGUUAGAACACAAUGAUGAACAGUAGCGUCCAGACUACCACAGUCAGUGGGAACGGAGGCUCGCAACUGUCCACGUCACCUCCUGUUUCCUCCGAUCAACAACAACAACAGCAAACUCAGCAGCUGAUAAACUCGGGGCAGACCCAGAGUGCGGGGAUUAACAGAGGAGUCCAGAUCCAGGUCCUCGCCGGGAACCCUACACAUCAGCCGGCCCCUGGGUCAACGAAUCUUAACGAGGGGGCCACCUCUGUCAGUGCAUCGUCACAGGACAUUCUCUCUCAUCUGGGCGGGAUCAGGUUGGCUCCGGAGCACCAGCAGCAGUUGCUCCUGGCAGCUCAGCUCCAGCAGCAACUUAGAUCAUCCAACGUGGUUCUUCAGCCAACCCUCCAGGGAGUGACUCUCCUCUCCACCACCUCCAUCCCCACUGUCACCACUGCAACCACCUCGUCCACCGGCACGAGCGCAGUCGUAUGAAGGACACAGUAGUGGCAAGACGGGUGUGGUCCUCUGUAUCUGACAGAUCCAAGUACGUGUAUCAGCGGAGCCCAGGCCACCAUGAUGGGAGGAAUCCCACACACGGUGGUCCCCAGCACGGCCUACUACCGACAGACAGCUAACCACCUCUCAGGUCAAGGAUUAGGACACCUCGAGAUGGGCCCAACAAACCACAUGUCAAUGGCUCAUACCACUCGAGCUCACCCUGAAACUAUCCAGUGGUUACUGGAGAAUUAUGAGACUGCUGAGGGAGUGAGUCUGCCCCGCUCAACUCUCUACAACCACUACCUCAGGCACUGCGCCGCCAACAAAAUAGACGCCGUGAAUGCUGCCAGUUUUGGGAAACUCAUUCGCUCCGUUUUCAUCGGACUUAAAACCAGAAGACUUGGAACGAGAGGGAACUCAAAGUAUCACUACUACGGGAUACGGAUAAAGCCUGAUUCUCCUCUCAACACGUUCCCAACAGACGACAGUGUGGUCGCCAUCAGACAACCUCCCCAAUCAGCCCAGAGAGGGGAGUACCACACCGCCGAGUCGACUCCAGAAGGCCCCGAGGGAGCGUCGCAGCCAGCUGAGCUCACUCCACAUCAGCAGCACCGCCAGUACCUCGGAGACGGCCGGCCGGAGCUCGUUCCAUUCCCCGAGAUUGCCUGGUCCAGCUCUCCUCUCCCUGGUGGGCUCACACCGGAGGAUCUCGGUGAUUUCACUGCCAACUAUAGAGAACACUGUGAGGCUAUACUGGAUGUGGUGGUGAACCUCCAGUUUCAGAUGGUUGAGAACCUGUGGCACCACUUCUGGGCCGACCCAAAGCCUGCCAUGGAUGGGGCUCCGGACGAGGAGAUGGAACACCAGCUACCCAAAGAGAAACUCCUCCUCCUGACCAGUCUGGACCUCGUCACAGACUACAUCAGUGCCUGUGACUACCUCCUCUACCAGGGCAUCGUAGAUUUUCUCAUCCCCAACGUCCUCCGGCCAAUUCCAGGCACACUCACGCAGGCCAUCCGGAACUUUGCCAAGAGCCUCGAGUCCUGGCUCACAGGCACCGUCCACGGCUACUCCCCCAUUCUCGUCAAGUCCAAGGUGUGUUCCGUGGUGGCCUUCUCACAGACGCUGCGUCGCUACACGUCUCUCAACCACCUGGCCCAGGCAGCACGCGCCGUCCUGCAGAAUCCCUCUCAGAUCAGUCAGAUGUUGGCAGAUCUCAACCGAGUCGACUUUGCCAAUGUCCAGGAGCAAGCGUCGUGGGUGUGCGAGUGCGAGGAGACGCUAGUCGCCCGCCUGGAGCAGGACUUCAAGAGCACCCUCCAGCAGCAGAACUCUCUGGAGCAGUGGGCCUCUUGGCUGGAGAGUGUGGUCCACACCGUGCUAGAGCCUAUGCCAAUGGGGCCCAGUUCACCAAGGCCGCCCGGCAGUUUCUCCUCAAGUGGUCCUUCUACAGCUCGAUGGUGAUACGAGACCUGACGCUGCGCAGUGCCGCUAGUUUCGGAUCGUUCCACCUCAUCCGCCUCCUCUACGAUGAAUACAUGUUCUACCUCAUCGAGCACAAGGUGGCCAAGUCCUCCGGCAAGACCCCCAUCGCCGUAAUGUCAGAGUUCUCUGGCCAUUCAAGAGGAGUCUUCAGUCAAGUCCCCAGUAGAGGAGAUUCUAUCUCAGAUCUUCCAGAAGAUGAUGAAGCUCCUCAGAUCAAGCGGGCAAAGAUAAAGAUCUGAUCACCUCUCUCUCCCUCCCUCAAGAUCUGCUACACAAAGAAAGACACAUUCUAUUAUUAUUUUAUCACACAGAGAGAGCACCACAUGAUAGAGAGUUGCCUAUCCCCCACUUCACCUGUCCAUACAACACACGUCUCUCGCCUAUUGUAUAAUUAUACAUUAGCAUAUGUAUGUAUUUUAUGAAUGUACCUAUGAUUACUGUGUGUAUAUAGUGUAUUAUAUCAGUUAUUUGGCACAGAUU